CCGAGUGAUACAGCCCCGCCUACCGCCGGCACCGCCUCUUCCCAUCAUGCCCAGCGCUAUUGACAGCGGAUUGGUCAAAUUUGAAUAGCGACGGCGGUAGGAACGGAGGGAGCGUUAGUGUCGCUGUGCCUGCUGCUCGGUGUGUCCUGGCAUGGUCACGGUGUGAAAAAAAAAUCUGACGUUAGGGCCGGUGAUUGUGAGGAGCCAUGAAGCCUGCUGAAGUGAAGUAUCCGCCUCCUAGGCCCUCUUAUCUUGGUGUAGCAAUAACUUAUCCAGAAAGGGAUGAACCACAGCCCAUCGAUGAUCUCAGGACUAAUUUGGCUGACAAAUUUUUAUCACUUGGACGCUCAGAAUCCGAAUCCACUCAGAAAGAUUCUUUGGGGUCCCAGGAUCAUAUGCAAGUUUACCUUCGUGUUCGCCCUUUUACUGCUGGGGAAACUGAACAAAAAGAAGCCCAGGACUGCAUCAGCAUUCCUGAUUCCUCCAGUGUCUUGGUAAAGCCCCCACACAAUUCACAGGCUUGUCGACUGAGCGAAAAAGCCAAUGGAUCUGUGGCUCAGAAAUUCACCUUUACUCAUGUCUUUGGUCCAGAUACAACACAAGCACAGUUUUUUGAUGGCACAAUAAAACAACAUGUGAUUGAUUUUAUAAAGGGUCAAAACCGUCUGAUAUUUACAUAUGGUGUGACUAAUGCAGGCAAGACUUUCACCUUCCAAGGUACAAAAGACAAUGAGGGUAUUUUGCCUCGGUCAAUGGAUAUGCUUUUUAAUUCCAUUCAAGGAAGAGUGUAUAAUAAAAUGGAUGUGAAGCCGCACAGAUGUAAAGAUUACGUACGACUGACCAAAGAGCAGGUUAAAGCGGAAGUUGCUCUUAAGAAUUCUGUACUUCGUCAAAUUAAAGAGGUGGAUUGCAGUAUACGAAGUAACAAUAGCAGGAACUGUCAAGAUACCACAGACUUCAUUAAUGAUGAAGGUUUGACAAACUCCUCAAGUAUUUUAUCUGAUAUGGACGAUCAUUUAAGGCAUUCAGAAGAGUCCAAAUUGGCUUUGGACGGUUCAGCAAAAUUCUCCGUCUGGGUGUCUUUUUGUGAAAUCUACAAUGAAUGUAUUUAUGAUCUCCUAGACCCAAUAUCGGGUGAUAAGUUCUAUAAAAGAAAAACACUGCGACUUGCUCUGGAUCUUAAAGGAUAUUCUUUUGUUAAAGAUCUUCAGUGGAUAGAAGUGUCUGAUUCAACAGAGGCAUGCAAAAUCCUAGCUUUAGGGAAAAAAUUCCAAAGUAUUGCAUAUACAAAACUGAACAGUUCAUCUAGCAGGAGUCACAGCAUCUUUACGGUUCGACUAUUGAAAAUUGAAGAUUCUGAUAUACCCCGAGUGUUAAAAGUCAGCGAAUUGGCACUGUGUGAUUUGGCUGGUUCUGAAAGAUGCACAAAGACUCAAAAUGAAGGAGAGAGACUAAAGGAAAGUGGCAAUAUAAACACAUCGUUGCUUAUUCUGGGCAAAUGUAUCAAUGCAUUGAAGACAAGUCAGCAAUCAAAGGCUCAACAGCACGUUCCAUUUAGGGAAAGCAAGCUUACACACUACCUACAGAGCUUUUUCAGUGGCAAAGGCAAAGUGUGCAUGAUCGUUAACAUCUGUCAGUCUGCCUCUUCUUAUGAUGAGACACUUAACGUUCUGAAAUUCUCUGCUGUUGCUCAGAAGGUUCUUAUCCUGGAGUCUUGUCAGAAUUCAGAGGCUGUGCCUUGUGUUCAGAAAAAAAGCGCUAGAGAGGUUUCAUUUAUAAUCAACAAUGCAGACAGCAAGCAUUGGAACUCAAGAAAGCGGGCAACAGUGCAGUGGGAUUCACGUCUUGAAGAUGUGCCAGAAGAUGGAAAUGAUGAGGAGGAUUCUGAGGAAGAGGAGUGCCUUGACUGUACCUAUCAAGAUGAUGAGGAGGAGGAGGAGGAUGAUGGUGUUCAAGAAGAUGAACUUGUGAUUAAGAAAGAUGCAUACCAGAAACUGCUGGACCUCAUAGAAGAUUUAAAAACCAAGCUGGUGAAUGAGAAAAAAGACAAGCUACUUAUGGAAUUAAAGAUCCGUGAAGAAGUAGCGAAAGAAUUUACUGACCAUUUCAUGCAGCGAGAGAAGGAUUUUAAUGAACGCUUGGAAAAAGAAAAGGAGUUGAUGGAGGAUCGAUGUGAUGAAAGAAUAGAAAUUUUCCAAGAUUUGGUGAGAAAAUGUUCUAAGGAUCCGGAUGAAGGAGAAGAAGCUGAAAAUAGAGACCGUACAACAGACCAGGUGGAACAGACAGACGCACCGAUUGAUGGGCUCUAUAUUUCCAUGCAAAAUGACCUGACGGCAAUAAAGAAGCAGGCAAUGGAUGCCCAGGUUCAAAUUAUUUCAAUUCCUGAUGUUCCAGACAUCAUUUCAAAGAUGGAGCAAAAGCUGAAACAAAUUUCUUGUGACCUUUCAAAAACCCAAGAAGAACUAAAAAAGAAAUCCUCACAACUGGAAUUUCAGAAUGAGAAAUGCAGCAGAGCAACCGUUCAGUUAGAGGAAGCCGACAGAAAACUCUCUUCGCACAAGCAGCAAAUUGAUCAGCUUGUGAGUAUGAUCGAACAAAAGGAAUCUGCCAUUGACAGGUUAAAAGAUCUUGUCUCGCACUGGGAAGCUAAAUGUGAAGAUUAUGAGAAAACUGUGAAUGGCAUCAAAGGAGAGAUGAUCAAGGUGAAUAACAGUGCAGCUGGCAGGAAGCGUCCACCUGAGGACCACCAGGACCCUGUGGAACAGCCCCCUUCAAAGAAAGAAUUUGCUGAAGUUAUUGACACACACAAUCCAACAGCCGUUAAACAAACACAUGUCAAUAACGGUAGCAAGGAGCCAGCCAUUCAUCAAGAAGUGGAAGGUCUGAGAGCAGAAAUGGAAAAUUACAAAACACAAAUCCAUAAUUUUAACCAUGCUGUUUCUUUAUUGGAAGAGAAACUUGCUAGAAGUGAUGAACAGGUCACUGAGAUGAAGUCCAAAAAUCACAGUCUGAUCUCUGAACUGCAGGCAAGCAAAGAUCAUACCAUUAGCCUAGAGGGGACAGUUAAAGUGCUAAUGCAAGAAGUUGAUGAGAAUAAACUAAAUUCUGCCAACAAAGUGGCACAAAUCAGAACUCUCCAAAAUAAACUGGAUGAGAUUGGCAAGAGGGCGAACAAUCAAGGCAAUGCAGAUAUUUCUGAUUUACAUGAUCUAGAUGAGGACUGCAACCAGAGGAAUAUUCAGAAUGAAUCCAAUCCUGCAAAAGUCGGCUCUAACAGGGAAAGUACUUUUUACAGUGCCAUUGAUGGAUUGUGGAAAAAGUGCCAGGAAGUUCUUCAGGAGUCCACCAAAAAAACCCAAUUGAUCCAAGAACUUGAGCAAAAACUGGAGACUUUAAACAAUGAUAUAAAUACAAUUAAGAAUGAAAGGGAAGAUUUGCAGACUAAAUUAAAUGCCCAAAUCAGUAACCUGAAUGAAAAGGAAGACCUUAUUGCCCAUCUCCGUAGCCUGUUGUCGGAAAGGGCUGAUCUGUUAGAGAACCAAAAAAAUCAAGAAGCGGAGUCUGAGAAAGCGAUCCAAGAGCUAAAAACUCAAGUGAAUGGCAAUAAGCAGCAGAUUAAAGAGUUGCAAUGCCUUUUAGAUUCUUAUAAAGAAAAAUGUGAAAGGCUGAAAUGUUUAGAAGAACAGAACAAAGCAAAGGCCUCUGACACUCUUCAACUGGAACAGCACUUAGAAGAGGCACAAGCAAAAUACAAGGCUUAUGAAAAGGAUAUAACAACGUUGCACGAGGAGAAGAAGCAGCUAGAAAAAAAUACCACAGAACUGCAAGAAAAACUUAAUGCUGCUGAAAAGGCAAAUGGAGACAAAGAGGAACAAGUAGGACAGUCAGAAAAAGAAGUAGAAAUGUUAAAAAAAGACCUUUCACAGCGAGCUAGUGAGCUUAAAGUUCUCAAGCUGGAUCUCCAGAGAAAGGAAGAGGACUGCACGGAGUUGAAAGAUAAACUAAUGGAUUCCAAAAAACAAAUACAGCAGGUGGAAAAAGAGGUCUCAGGGAUGCGUGAGGAAAAGCGCCUGCUAACCAACAAAGUUAGUGAAUAUGAAAAAUUAAAGAACCAAAUGUCUCGUGAAUUGGAAAUGAAACAACGCACAAUUCAACAACUGAAAAAGGAGCCUGCUGAUAAUGAGAAAAAUGGUGAUGUAAUGAGCUUGUAUCAGAAAGCAUGUCAAGAGGCUCAAGAAAAAGAGAAGAUAAUUGAAGACAUGAGAGCAACACUUAUUGAGCAAGAACAGACUCAAGUAGAACAAGAUCAAGUACUUGAAGCCAAAGAAAAAGAAUCAGAAAAAUUAUCUCAAGAUCUUGAGGAAUGGAAACGUAAAUGUAAGGAACUUGAGAAUAAUCUCUGCAAAGGACAAGUCAUAGCUGAUGAAAUGAAUAAUGCAGAAAGAAACAAGGGUCAUUUAUCCAAGUUAAAGGAUCAGUUAAAGGAAUUCGAAGAAAAGUAUAACACUGAGAGAAAGAAAUGGCUAGAGGAAAAAAUGAAUCUUCUUGCUCAGGCUAAAGAAUCUGAGACCCACAGGAAUAAAGAGAUGAGAAAAUUUGCUGAGGAUCGAGAACGCUAUGCCAAACACCAAGCAGAGAUGGAACACUUAGUGGAGCAAUUGGCAGAAAAAGAUAAUACCUUACAGAAGUGGAGGGAAGAACGAGAUCAACUUCUUUCGGCACUGGAAAUUCAACUCAAGAAUCUGCUUUCCAGCAACAUGGAAAAAGAUAAAGAAAUUGAAAACCUAAAAAACAGUAGUACCUCAAGAACGCAGGAGGAAGCAUCAGAUGUGGCAGAACUAAAGCGACUACUUGCUUUACGAGAAGAUGCCAUUAAGGAAUUACAGCAGAAUCUUGCUAAUUUAGAGCGCUCCAAGACUUUGCCAGCUAAUGAAACUGUAACAAACCAGGGAACAGAAGAACAGAAGGAGAGUAUUGAUAAACCCGAGCAGGUUAACCAACAGCUGAACAAUACAAAAAUCUCUGUGGACAGUACCUCCUCUGCAGAUGACUGUCAGUCACAAGGCGGAUCAGACACUGUGUUAGAUUCUUCUGCAAUAUCUACAGAAUUUGGCAGGGUCAGCAGAUUCCCAAGGCCAGAGAUGGAAAUUAAUUUCAGCCCAAUGCGACCCAACAAAAUGGAAGUGAAACACCGUGGAGAAAAUUCACCAAGAACAGUAAAAAUCUCUCGGACAGCACGGAAAAGGAAGAGUGAAGAGACGGAACAGAAUAUAAUGCGCUCAAGCUGCUGGAAAAUUAAAUGUAAAGACAGAGCGGAAUCUGGGGGCAUUUGUCAGGAAGCUGUAAAAAGUGAAAAUAAAAAAAACACCACAGCAAGGACAGGUGUAAAGACUCCAUCCUCCCAGUCUAGCAUUGCCACUGAUAAGAGUGAAACUAAGAAAAUCCAGAGAAGCACCGUGAGAAAGCAGCCAUCCGUUUCGAGUACAGCGAGUACAAUUUCUUCCAGGAAAAAAGAUGGAACCCUGCAAAAACUUGGCGACUUUUUGCAAAGCUCACCUUCAAUUUUCCAAACCAAAGCAAAGAAAUUUCUUGAGACAAUUGCUGCCCCGAAAGCUCUGGAUGUCGGCAUCAGUAGAACAGAGACUGAGAACAAGCCAAAGAAAAGCAGGAGAAAGUUAUACACUACUGACAUUUCUGUGCCGCUGGACAUCCCUGCCAAUUCUAUUGUUCUGGAUACAAAAGAGAAGGAGAGUGAUCAUCUUAUAAUGAAAAGGCGCCUAAGAACCAGGACCGCUAAAUAAAUACUGUUAUUAUUCCUUCGUUUUUAUACCAUGUACAUAAUUUGUAAUAUUGCUGCUGAUUUUAUAUUCCUGUUAAAGCUGCCUGAGAACAUUUUAUAAUUAUCCUUAUCACUGUAAUUUAAAUUGAGUUUAUUCAUCGUCCAAAAUGGCCCUUUCCACCUGCAUAAUGUCCUUUUCAAUGUAAUGUGCAGAAGAAAUCUACGGAAAAACUGCAAUGAUAUGGCCUACUUUCCUCUUAUUUAAGUAGAUGGGACACCAAUUCUGGUAGUGAAUACCAUGGUGUUCCCUGAAAGAGAGAGUGUGGUUAUGUCCUUUCUGCAGGUAGUUUAUAGUUGGCAUGAUAAAAUGAGCCCUGGAUUCUUAUAUAGCUAGUGUCAGAUAGGAGGCACAGUAUACCCCACAAAACAAAUCAGCAGCCCACAGAGAAGCCCUCUGUAUAAACAAACCCCACCCGUCCCCCCUGCUUUAGUUAGGCCUUUAGAUUAACAGAAGCUCAUUAGUGAGCUGCUUGGUUAUUAAGUUCAACUUCAGAUUUUGCCCUGUUUUGUGGGAAAAAAAAAUAAGGCUUACCAUAAAUCUUUUUUUAAUGGAACAAUUGCAAAAAGUAUAUUCAACAAAAGCCCAUCAUUCAUUUUACUACAGUUUGAGGGGGUAUACUGCUUCUUUAA